AUAGCUGUGUGACGGGUUCGAGUCCCGCCUCCUGACUUUCGCCCCUAGCCCCUGAGUCCCCGGGCGGGGCGCAUUCGCCUGGUAACCUCUCUACGGCCAGGGGCGGUGGCACACCCGGGACUUCACCAUGGAGGACUACCUGCAGGGUUGUCGAGCCGCUCUGCAGGAGUCCCGGCCGCUACACGUUGUGCUGGGAAAUGAAGCCUGUGAUUUGGACUCCAUGGUGUCAGCUCUUGCCCUGGCUUUUUACCUGGCAAAGACGACAGAGGCUGAGGAAGUCUUUGUGCCAGUCUUAAAUAUAAAUCGUGCUGAGCUACCUCUACGUGGUGACAAUGUCUUCUUCCUUCAGAAGAUUAACAUUCCAGAGUCCCUCUUGAUUUUCCGGGAUGAGAUCGACCUCCAUGCCUUGCACCAAGCUGGCCAACUCACCCUUAUCCUUGUUGACCAUCAUGUCUUACCCAAAAGUGAUGCAGCCCUAGAGGAGGCAGUGGUAGAGGUGCUAGACCAUCGGCCCAUCGAGCAGAAACACUGCCCUCCCUGCCACGUUUGCGUUGAGCUGGUGGGGUCCUGCGCUACCCUGGUGACUGAGAGAAUCCUGCAGGGGGCGCCAGAGAUUUUGGACGGGCAAACUGCAGCCCUUCUGCAUGGAACAAUCAUCCUGGACUGUGUCAACAUGGACGUGAAAGUUGGAAAGGCAACCCCAAAAGACAGCAAAUAUGUGGAGAAACUGGAGGCCCUCUUCCCAGAUCUGCCCAAGAGAAAUGACAUCUUUGACUCUCUACAAAAGGCAAAGUUUGAUGUAUCAGGACUGACCACUGAGCAGAUGCUGAGAAAGGACCAGAAGACCAUCUUCCGACAAGGCACCAAGGUGGCCAUUAGUGCAAUAUAUAUGGAUUUGGAGGCCUUUCUGCAGAGGUCUGGCCUCAUUGCAGAUCUCCAUGCUUUCUGCCAGGCUCACAGCUGUGAUGUCUUGGUCACCAUGACUAUCUUUUUCAACACUCAUAAUGAGCCAGUGCGGCAGCUGGCUAUUUUCUGUCCCCAUGCAUCACUCCGAAUGACGAUCUGCGGAGUUCUGGAACGCUCCCAUUCUCCAUCCCUGAAGCUGACCCCAGCCCCCAGCGCCCACCCGCACCUCCAAGCCUAUCUUCAGGGCAACACCCAGAUCUCUCGGAAGAAACUUCUCCCUCUGCUCCAGGAGGCCCUGUCAGCAUAUUUUGAAUCCAUGCGGAUCCCUUCCGGGCAGCCGGAGACAGAGGGUGUGUGCCGGGAGCAGGCCGACAGGGAACUGGACAGGGCGGGUAACUCCCUGUUUCCCGGACUGAGUCAAGAUGAGGAGGAGCCCCCACUACCCCCGACACCCAUGAACAGCCUGGUGGAUGAGUGCCCGCUGGAUCAGGGGUUACCCAAACUCUCCGCCGAGGCCAUCUUUGAGAAGUGCAGUCAGAUCUCGCAGUCACAGUAAACCACAGCCUCCCUGUCUACGAAGUGAUUGCUGGGAGGGCACAGGAUGGAGAGAGGUUUCUUGAACCACUUCAAAUGCAUGUUUUGAGAUGUGUCGGCUGUUCUGUCUCUGUGGCUCCGGGAUCUGGUGUACUGUGUUUGUGAGCUGGGGAGAAGAAAGAAGUGAAAGAAAACAGCUGCUUUAGGGAUAGCUUCCUGCUUUUUCCCCAGAUCUCUACCAAUCAGACAGAUCAUAUUAAUUGAAUUCUUCAAACCUGUGUUGACUCUCCUGUAUUUCCUUUGCUGAGGGUACAGUGUGAUACCCACACAGUUCCAGCAAGCAGCUCAAGAAGGCGCCCCCUCCAUAAGGCUCUGUGACAGAACCAGUAUCUCUCAUGGAACCAUUCAUUGUCUCCGUGUAUUCAUUUAUGCUCUUAUUCAUUCAGCUAUCGAUUGAAUACCUACUUUCAGCUAGCUAGAAAAUAGAGUGUGCUUUGCAAACUCCUCUUCCAGUUUUCAACCUUCAACAGAAUCCAUCUCCAUGACCUCUUUCUGUCCCCAGUUAGGUAUGAUAGCCAAGGCCGAGAUGGCUACUUUUGUAUUCUGAGCUGAUGAUGACUUUUCUAAGAUCGGUGGGGAGCAAUUAAGAGACCAUCAUCUUUUGUCCUGAUCAGCUGGCCUGGCUCUCAGUUUCUCUGGAUCCCUCGGUCCCAGACCACGGGGACCCAAGAAAGACCCAGAAGACCCCUGGUGCUUGAGAGUUCAGGAGACAUCCAGGAAAGCCUUAAGACCCCACAGGCACUCUUCCCAAAAGGCCGAAGAACUGCAGUUGGAGCCCUGCUCUGGGCUGUGCCUUGGAGACCCGGCAAUUUCCUGUCCAUCUCGUUCUCUUUUUGCUCCUAUUGAAAGGAGGUAUGGAGUUCUCAUAUCGACUGCCGUGAACUGUGUCUCUCUUGGUGAGACACUUCAUUUCUCUAGGCCUCAUCUGCCCCCAUCUGUAAAACUAAAGAUCUGAACUGGAUAUUCUCUGGUAUUCUGUGAACUGCCUCUUGUUGCCAUCACUCUCUCCUGACUUCUCUGUAUUUGUUCAUUUCUCUCCUCCCUGGGAAUGCUUGGGGUGGCCAAAUUGUCUAUAUUUCUAUGUGAUUGUAUCAAGGGACUCAGCCUCACGUAGCAUGUACAGGGGUAUAAUUCAUCCCAUCGUGACCCAGCAGAGAACUCCCCCACCGACUUGUUUUGCAUGUGUAGAGUCUCCCUUUUCCCUUCAGACCAACUGGUCCCAUCUUCGUCCUGCCCCACAGCCCAGCUUCUUGUAAGUCGCCUGUGGUUCCACUGGGCAGUGGGGUAUGUGAGAUAGUUUUGGCAUGAUGUCUUCAGUAUGAGGGGGAUGGUGUGAUUUCACUUUGAGGGGAUGAUGUCUGUAGCCAUUGGAAGGUAAAUAUAGUGGUGUGAUUACUGAACCAAAGGAAUUUAUGUUUUUUAACUUGGGUACUUUAUUUUGCAUUUUGUUAAAGUAUUAAAUACAUUUUUUUUUCC